CCGGGAGUGAAAUAUUCCACGGGGGAUCGGUUUCGGAGACUUGUUCUUACUCUCUCAGUCGAGCUGAGUGCUUGAUCGAAUAUAGAUCGUGUACGUGCAGAUUGCCUCAUCUUUCACGGAUUUUCAAGCCUUGUGUGAUCGUGAUCACCCACAAUGAACGCAAUCCGUACUAUAUCACGAAGGCUACCAAAACGAUUGAUCCACACGACCGCUGCAUCAUCGCAAGCACAUGUACCAUUAAAUUUCCUUAGUGAAGAUGAGCAGAUGAUGAAGGAAACCGUGGCAAAAUUUGCCAAAGAGGAAAUCUUACCAAUUGUACGCAAAAUGGAACAAGAGCAUAAAAUCGAUCAAGAAUUGCUGAAGAAACUUUUCGAGAACGGAUUAAUGGGUUUGGAAGUACCGGUGGAGUACGAAGGUACCGGCUGUAACUUCAUGACGACGAUUUUGGCCGUUGAGGAACUUUCGAAGGUUGAUGCUUCGGUUGGUGCUCUGGUUGAUAUCCAUAAUACACUAGUGAAUUCAUUGAUCAAAAAGGUAGCAAACGAAGAGCAAAAGAAGAAAUAUCUGCCGAAAUUAGCGAACGAGUACGCGGGUAGUUUCUGUUUAACCGAGCCCGGGUCCGGUUCGGACGCUUUCUCGUUGAAAACCGUGGCGAAGAAAGACGGCAGCGAUUAUGUGAUCAAUGGCUCAAAAAUGUGGAUAUCUAACUCUGACAUUGCCGGAGUAUUUCUCGUGUUCGCCAAUGCCGAUCCGUCCAAGGGUUACCGCGGUAUCACAACUUUCUUCGUCGAUCGUGAUUCGUCUGGUGUGACGGUUGCCAAGCCCGAGGAUAAGCUAGGUAUCAGAGCGUCAGGUACGUGUAUGGUACACUUUGAGAACGUGCGAGUACCGGAGAGCAACAUUCUCGGUGAAUACGGUAAAGGAUACAAGUAUGCCGCUGGUUUCUUGAACGAAGGUCGUGUUGGUAUCGGCGCUCAGAUGAUUGGCGCUGCUCAAGGUUCACUAGAUGCUACGAUUCCUUAUACACUCGAGAGGAAGCAAUUUGGCAAACAGAUUUUCGAAUUUCAAAGUCUUCAACAUCAAAUCGCUCAGGUGGUAGUAGAAUUGGAAGCAGCACGACUUCUCGUCUACAAUGCGGCUCGUCUGGUCGACGCUAAGAAAGAUGUGAUGAAGGAAGCUGCGAUGGCUAAGUAUUAUGCAUCUGAGAUUGCACAAAAAGUUACGUCCAAGUGUGUUGACUUUAUGGGUGGUGUCGGAUUCACCACUGAUUUCCCACAAGAGAAAUACUAUAGGGAUAGUAAGAUCGGCACUAUCUACGAGGGUACUAGCAAUAUGCAACUUUCUACUAUUGCCAAGGCCCUCAGGAAGGAGUAUUCUUAAGAAUCUUUUUUGAACAAAGUAUUUCUUUUCGUAUGUGUAUAUAUACUAUGUUUUUCAAAUUAUGUGUUCUGGAGUAUUUUUUUACUGCUACUGUAUCU